GGGGCGGCCACGUGAGCGGCUGCGCAGGGCGCCAGCCUCGCCACAACCCCGCCCCCGCCGGAGCUCUGCUUUUCCGUACCGGUGCCUGCAGGCCCCACGCCACAGCUGCUCCGUCUUGGUGGAUGGUCGCCUACCUUCGUACCCCUGACACGCUCGCCAUCGCCCCAUAGUCUUCCAGUGUCCCCGUGAGCUCCUUGCGCCCCAGGAUCGUUCCGGCAGUCCCCGUGCCUUGCAAUCGCCCCAUCCGAUCGCCCAGUCCACCCAGAGCGACCCCACUGCCUCUCCCGAGUGCCUCCCCGCACUCCCCGUCCUCAGCUCCCCGGCACUCGCGGCGGGGGCGGUGGCGGGUGCCUCCGCCCUGCAACCUGGAGCACCGGGCUAGGAGCCUCUGCCACCUUUUCUGGAUCCUCGUGGCUGUGGGCAGCGGCCGCCGCCCCUAUCCGCCCGAGGGAGGGCCUGCCCCGCAGCAUUUGCCCAGGAACCCUGGCUGUACCGCCCACCGCUGGUGCACAACAGGCACUGUGGGAGCAUGGCAGAUGAAGACCUCAUCUUCCCCCUGGAAGGCGUUGAUGGUGGCCAGACCGCCGGGGCCAGCCACGAGGGGGACUCUGAGGCAGACAGUGACGAAGAUGAAGGUUACUUCAUCUGUCCCAUCACAGAUGACCCCAGGGCACACCAGAAUGGCAACUCCAAGGUUAAUAACUACUACAGCAGCCUGACAAAAAAUGAGCGGUAUGGCUUCAGUGCAUCCCCGGUGAGCUCCUUCAGUUUUAAGGAAGCUUGGAAGCAUGCAAUUGAGAAGGCCAAGCACAUGCCUGACCCCUGGGCUGAGUUCCACCUGGAGGACAUUACCACUGAAUGUGCCACACGUCACAGGUACAAUGCUGUCACCAGGCAGUGGCUGGAGGAUGAAGUUCUGAUCAAGAUGGCGUCUCAGCCCUUUGGCCGUGGAGCAAUGAGGGAGUGCUUCAGGACGAAGAAGCUGUCCAACUUCCUGCACACCCCGCAGUGGAAGGGGGCCUCCAACUACGUGGCAAAGCGCUACAUUGAGUCAAUGGACAGGGACGUGUACUUUGAGGAUGUGCGUCUACAGAUGGAGGCCAAGCUCUGGGGAGAGGAGUAUAAUCGGCACAAGCCCCCCAAACAGGUGGACAUCAUGCAGAUGUGUGUCAUGGAGCUGAAGGAGAGGCCAGGCAAGCCCCUCUUCCACCUGGAGCACUACAUCGAGGGCAAUUAUAUCAAGUACAACUCCAACUCAGGCUUUGUUCGUGAUGACAACAUGCGCCUGACGCCACAGGCCUUCAGCCACUUCACAUUUGAGCGUUCCGGUCAUCAGCUGAUUGUGGUGGACAUCCAGGGUGUGGGCGACCUCUAUACUGACCCACAGAUCCACACUGUGAAGGGCACUGACUUUGGAGAUGGCAACCUAGGUGUCCGGGGCAUGGCCCUCUUCUUUUACUCCCACGCCUGCAACCGGAUUUGCAAGAGCAUGGGCCUCGCUCCUUUCGACCUCUCUCCAAGAGAGCAGGACACAGUGAAUCAGAACACCAAGCUGCUGCAAUCAGCCAAGACCAUCUUGAGGGGGGCAGAAGAAAAGUGUGGGAGCCCCAGAGUAAGGACCCUCUCUGGGAGCCGGCCACUCCUGCUCCUCCACCUUUCAGAGAACUCUGGAGACGAGAACAUGAAUGACACGACAUUCGACUCUCUCUCUUCCUCCCCAUCUUCAGCCACGCCACACAGCCAGAAACCGGACCAUCUCCACUGGCCUGUGUUCAGUGACCUCGAUAACAUGGCUCCCCAAUAUCAUGACCAUCUGGACAACCACCGGGAUUCUGAGAACAGUGGGGAUAGUGGAUUCCCCAGUGAAAAGCGGGGUGAGCUGGAUGACCCAGAGCCCCGAGAACAUGGCCACUCAAACAGUAACCGGAGGUACGAGUCGGACGAAGACAGCCUGGGAAGCUCUGGGCAGGUCUGUGUAGAGAAGUGGAAUCUCCUCAACUCCUCCCGCCUCCCCCUGCCAAGGCCUUCGGCUGUGGCCCUGGAAAUGCAAAGGCUUAAUGCUCUGGACCUUGAAAAGAAAAUUGGGAAGUCCAUUUUGGGGAAGGUCCAUCUGGCCAUGGUGCGCUACCAUGAGGGUGGGCGUUUCUGUGAGAAGGAUGAAGACUGGGACCGCGAGUCAGCCGUCUUCCACUUGGAGCGUGCAGCUGACCUGGGCGAGCUGGAGGCCAUCGUGGGCCUGGGACUCAUGUACUCGCAGCUGCCCCACCACAUCCUGGGUGAUGUCUCUCUGAAGGACACGGAAGAAAAUAAAACCAAAGGAUUUGAUUACUUACUGAAGGCAGCUGAAGCUGGCGACAGACAGUCCAUGAUCCGGGUGGCACGAGCUUUUGACACCGGCCAGAACCUCAGCCCAGACAGGUCCCAAGACUGGCCAGAAGCUCUGCACUGGUACAACACUGCCCUGGACACAACGGACUGUGAUGAAGGCGGUGAAUAUGAUGGGAUGCAAGACGAGCCCCGUUACAUGCUGCUGGCCAGGGAGGCUGAGAUGCUGUCCGAGGGCGGCUUCGGGCUGGAGAAGGACCCACAGAAAUCAGGUGACUUGUACACCCAGGCGGCAGAGGCAGCAAUGGAAGCCAUGAAGGGCCGGCUGGCCAACCAGUACUACGAGAAGGCGGAGGAGGCCUGGGCCCAGAUGGAAGAGUGACGAGCCAGAAAAUUCCUGUCUCUGUGGGCCAGUCCCAAGCAAAGGGAUAGCACGGGAAAAGAUUGACUGACUUAGGGGUUGGGAGUUGUUUUGGAGGAAUGGGCAAGUAGUUUUAGUGUGUUGUAAAUCAACUUUUGUAUGUCAUUUUUUGACUUUUGAAAAUGUCUUUGCUAUCAGCAGAGACACUAUAGCUAUACCCUAGGGCAGGAUCUUGGGGCAGCAGGGAUUGAAAAAGCAGCCUAUUGACCAAUAUAUUGUUUGAGGUUUUUUGUCUUAUUGUCACAGGAUGUAAGAAAGUGCUUUUCUGCCUUGGAAUAUAUUGGGGCUUUGCUCACCAACGCUUUCAGGCUGGACUAGGCCCACGGAACCUGUGUUUCAUGGGUUGGAUGGGGAACAUAUUGCUGCAUAUGAACUAUUCGUGGGGUGUGUAUCAUCAUGACUUAGCGCAAAGCCUCCCUUCUCAGCACUUGGAAGCAUGCAUGGCAUCAUUCCAUGAAUGUGAGAUGGUACAACACCCUGGCUGCUUCUGCCAUGGGGGUGCACUGCGUGCUGACUGUUUUCUCAUGUUUUUGGUUUAAUUUUCUUCCUGAAAGGCAACUGAUUUCCUAGAAUACAGCCAAAUUCCAUUUUUAAGCAUGCUUUCUACAGAAGGCUUUACAAAACAGGUUUGGUUUUUGUAUGCACAUUUUACUACCUCUGACUCCUCUGCCAGCUAGUGUGGAAGUGGGUGUGCCUCAAGACUUUUACAUGAAAAGACAGUGGUUUGGCAUGGUGAAGUCCUUCUCCAAGUAGACAUCUCAGUAGCAGCAUCCACAACGUGUCUCAAGUUACCUCUUAUAUAGGACUUCUUCAUGUUUUCUUAGUAUCUGAUGUCCCACCAUCAUCCUUGAUAUUUUUUCCUUGAAGCCAGGCUGAGUUCCUUGUAAUUCACAGCAGGAUGCUUUCAGCAGCCUAUUGAGAUGAAUUUACCAUGUUUGAGAAUGAGAAGGUAACAACUAAGUUUAAACACUCAUUAAUUCUAGUAGUUUCCACACGGCCAGGCUAUGGCUAAUUGUACAUAAUGAGCCUUUUGCUUUCAAAGAAAUUCAAUUAAUAUCAGUAUGAUUUCAGUUGGUAUUUCAAAUAUAGCAAAGAAAACACACUGCUUCGUCAACCCCAAGUGAUUAAGGAGCUUCUCUUUCUUUGUGUAAAAAUCAGAGGGUGACAUACAAACCAUUCUUAUUUGUUCAUUGAAAGAGGUCUUUGCUGUGGAGCCAUGUGUGCAAGCCUUAGGUUCCAAAGUCCAUAGUGUGCCCUAAAGGGAAAAAAAAUCAGGCAGAGCUAAAAAAUCACCCUUGAGAAUUCCUUUAGAGUACCUAUAAAUGACAACACCCCUUGUUUCUAUAUGGACUCUUCACAGCCAGUUUCCUUUAGAAGUUGGAGAUGAUCAUGCUUUCCAUUCGCAGUAGAUCAAGUAGUUUUUGUUUUAAACCAGUGCACACAGUUAAAUUGCAUAUGUUAAAUGUAAGCUACAAGCAACUUUAUUGUGACUUGCCUUUUCAAAGUAAUCAAGCCUCAUAUGAUCCAUGCUUUUUUGUUGUCAUUAACUCAGCCAGUCUCCUCUCUCCCUCUCUCUCUCUCAGACUUUAUUAUGCACAUCAUUUGUUCCCUGACCAUAUAUCUCAUUUCUUAGUUAUGCAUAAGUGCUUUUCUUUAACACAGGGAUUGGCAAACUUUUUUGUAAAGAGCCAGAAAGUAAAUAGUUCAGGUUCUGUGGGCUAUAUGGGCUCUGCAGUGGCUCAGCCCUGAUGUGGUAAAGUGGAAGCGGCCAUGGACAACACCUAAAUGAAAGGUCACGGCUGGUUUUCCAAUAAAUCUUUACUACAAAAGCAGGUGGCCUGCCUGGGCUGUAGUUUUCCAACCCCUGCUCUAAUCCUGGACUGAGAGUGUUUGUAUUAAGCUGUGGGCAUGAACUAUCUCAAUUUUCAAUUUUCCAGCCUCUGGGGCUCAGACACGCCAUGCCUUGGCACAGAGUAGACAUUCAAUAAAUAAAUUCAAUGAACAAAUAAAGAGCCAGGCUUAGUCACUGCAUUUCGUCUUUGUAGCUCUGGUUCCUCCAGCCAGUUAAUGAUUCAUUGUCUGAACCACCACCCCACAUUUCCAAACACUCAUGUGGCCUUAAUGUUAGCAGCUGGUGCCCUCUCCUCCAAGAGGUUGUGAUGAUCUGGAUGUAGAGUUAGGCAAAUGCUUCUUUAAGGACAUUGAGAAUAAAAUCUUCUGUAGGAUGUUGAGAUCCUUCUGAGCCAGCAAAAGAGCAUACUCCACCUUCAGAACCUGGUUCUGUGCCUUCUAAAGUUUGUCAGGGCAUCUUCUUUCUCCACAAAUGCUGAGCAUGUACCCUCCCCCUCCCCCUGGCCCCCAGAAUAACCAGGAUAGUCCAGCCCAACUGGGAAAAUAUUAGAGACUGUCUUCAAGCCUUUAAGUGCAAGGAAUAGGUAAAGGUCUGGGAGAUUAGAUAAGCAGAGUUGGGGAUUUCAUCUGAUACCUUCGAUCGCAGAUGGAGAAACUGAGGUUCAGAAAGGUAGAAUCUUUCACAGGGAUAGUGCUGGUUAGCCACUAAGCUGGAGUUGGGAUUUGAGAGCUGCUGUUUUGAGGAUCCUGGGAAAAAAUUUUAACUGGACUGUAAUGUCCCUUUCAGUUUUGCUGUAGAGGAGAAGGGGAGAGACUUUAUGGAUGUGAAAAGGAAAAAAAUCCUGAACUUUGGUGCAUCUUCAUAUUCCUUUUCCAUUCCUCUCCUGCUGAGGCACUGUGGGAAUUUAUCAUGAAAUGCAAGCUUGAUGAUCCAGCCAGAUAAACUAGCCUUUUGCUAUUUUAGUGACUUCAUUCCCCUCCCCAAACCCUGCACAUUUGUUUGCAGUAUUGGACAUGUUUUACCAAUCAACAAAUGUUUACACAAGUAUAUGCAGCUUGUGUAGGGGAAAGGAGACAAAACAUGAAUUUUCUCUGUGUGGAUUUUUGCCUGUUUCUCAUGUUUCUCGUCUCUGGGGUAACCAUUAGGGAAGAUAGACACUGGAUGGGACCCAGAGAAGUGGCUUUUGGUAUAGAUUUAUUUUUGCAUAUGUAUUAAGUUUCAUUUCAUAUUUCCAAAUAAAAUGGUUUCUUUCCUUCCAGUCUCAAAUUUAAAUGUCUCCUAGUAGCAAAGAAGUGGGGGAGCUGACUGAAGGCAGAA